AUCACAACUGAGCAUGCGCAGAUCCCCGGCAGGUUACACGAGUUUAUUUUCAGGAUUGUGCUUGGAGACGUGUUGCGAAGGUCCAAAAUCGACCGCUGGGAAGCUUCGUCUCUAAAUAACAAUGUAGUUUUGUGUUUUUAAGUGUUAGAUAUCUUUAGGAACAAGUCCGGGGCGUCCAGGCUUGAAAUCCGUCGGUGACAUGUGAGAUGUUGCUGAGUGGUUUGUCAGUAUUUCCAGGCGGAGACAGACUGGCCAAGCCAAGCUAGCCGAGUUAGCAGCUCAGCUAACACCAUUAGCUUCCUCGCUGCUGUUGCAAAUCUUGAGGCGGUGUUGACGCAGUAUUUAUUUACGUGUCUGUUCGUUUGUAAGCUUCAGAAAAUAUCCACAAACUGCAACCUGAGUGCCACUAAAUGCAGAGUCAACCAGCGCGGCGGAACUUAGCCGUUAGCCACUUUUUGUGCUCCUGACACUGCUUCUGCGAGAGUCAGUCAGCGGCUACCCUACGUUAAAUUUAUCCAUUAAAUGUUCGGUCUGUCGAGAAUAAUCUGUUAAAUCUGCUGAGAUGCAGCGCUGAUAGACAGCGUUUGUAAGGAGCUAACCUCGCAGCACAGCGGCCAUAGUGUUUUGGCUGACUGACAUGGCAGCCAGCGGAUUCUCUGACCUGAGGGAGAAGCUGAAGUCCAUGACUCCGCACAGAGACGACUACAGCAACAAAUACUCAGACCGCAGUAGUAACGGCAGUGAAAAGGGCCGAAAGCGAAAGUACCGGGAAUCCGAUGACGACGAGUACGGACACAGCGACGAUAGCGCGGACCACCGGGAGCAGGAGGCCCGUAGGGUGAAGAGCAGCGUCUUGCAGCUGAGCAUCUUCACCCCGGAGGAGUGCGCUCACAUCGAGGAGAAGAUCGACGAGGUGGUCUCUCAAGCAGAUGCUGGACUUUACCGGGAGCACACCGUGGACAGGGCCCCGCUUCGCAACAAGUACUUCUUCGGGGAGGGUUACACGUACGGAGCCCAGCUGGAAAGACGCGGACCGGGCCAGGAGCGGCUCUACCGUAAAGGACAGGUGGACGAAAUCCCGGGCUGGGUCCACGAGCUGGUGAUCAAGCGGCUUGUGUCCCACGGGGUGAUACCAGAGGGGUUCGUCAACAGCGCGGUCAUCAACGAUUACCAGCCAGGUGGCUGCAUCGUGUCCCACGUGGACCCUCUGCACAUCUUCGCCAGACCCAUCGUGUCGGUGUCUUUCUUCAGCGACAGCGCGCUCUGCUUCGGCUGCCGCUUCCAGUUCAAACCCAUCCGGGUGUCCGAGCCAGUGUUUGUCCUGCCUGUGAGGAGAGGGAGCGUCACGGUGCUCAGUGGCUAUGCUGCUGAUGACAUCACUCAUUGCAUCCGGCCCCAGGACAUCAAGGAGAGGCGUGCAGUAAUCAUCCUCAGAAAAACCAGACCUGAUGCUCCUCGCCUGGACUCUGACAGCCCUCUGAGCUCUUCUGCCCCAGGAAGGCCUGCCCCUCUGAAAGCCAAACGCUCUCAUCGCAAAGCAGAUCCUGGUGCUGCUCACAGGCCAAGGGUUCUGGAGAUGGACAAAGAGGAGAACAGACAUCCUUCAUUCUCCCAACAUCAUCAUCGUCACAGCAUCAGCUCGGAGAACUACUGGAGACGUGACGAAGACCACGACAAACACAGGGAGAGUUCAGGACGCAAAAUCAAAAUGAGACGUCACUGAGAUCCAUUUUCACAUGCACCAGUGCAAAUGAACGUCCCCACUCUUUAUGUGUGUCAGUAUUGUAACUUUAAUUAGUCAUUAUGUUGAUUCUGCUUUAUUUUUGGCACAAGGAGCUCACUUAUGCCUGUUAAUUUGUUUCUAGAUCUGCUUGAGUAAGCAUUUUAGUUUGGGCAGAGGAAACCGGCGUCUGCUGCUUGUUACAGAACCAUCACCUGUUCACUACAGUAAAGGCUCUGUUGGUUUUUUUUUUUUUUUUUUAGUUUAAAUUAAAUAUUUCUUUGUGUUCAUAGAUAAUACAAAUGGCAUGUAUUUUUUCUACCAUAGGAACUAAAAAGAGAGGUAUGUAUGGACUUGUACAAAGCAAACUUGAGCUGUAAUCUAACUUGUUAUAAUGUACAAUAUGUUUGUACUGGUUUUUUUGUUUAAAAGGCUCUCCUUUUUUCUGCUACUACGGUUAAGAUCCACACCUUUUGCUGUGCCAUGUCAAGAGUUUUGCUAUUUGAUUACUUAAACUUUCAGAUUGCAGUGGCAGCAGCACGUUUUCACCCGUGACCCACUGUGAUGAGGCCACAUGCUGGUAGAGGAGGCGUUUUGGAGUGUUGAAAACUCGGGUGAAAGUUUACACUCCUGCCUCAGUCUAAGGUUGUUUGAUACUACAAACAUUAACCCCGUCGUUCCUCAUAUGUAAUAAAUCCUAAAUUUCCUUUUAUGAAUGACUUUUAAACCCAUUUGAGUGGAUUUGAUCAAAACCACGUUGUCCUGUUUUUCUUUGGUUUGAACAGCUGAGAUGGAAUUAAACAUUGACAUACUUUGGCUUGGA